AUGGCGGGCAAGAACUGGGGAAAGCAGACACCAAUACCUGUUCCAUCAAAGCCUUACAACCGUCAAUUCAUCGGCAGCGCUGUGUUUUGCCUAGGGAUACUGGUCUUCUUACGUCAUGUCACCGCUCCCAUCUCGUCGCCAUGGCACCUUCCCUCCGACCUAAGCAACGCCAAGUCGGGAGCGCAAUGCUCGCAAGUCGAGCCUUUGUUUCCGGCAAGGAAGACGAAAGAGUUGGAUGAAAUGGAGGGCUACCUAACAUCUGACGCUUUUCGUGAUGUUGCCAUCGAGCGCUUAUCGGGUGCUGUCAAGAUCCCUACGCAAAGCUACGAUGACAUGGGCGAGAUCGGAUCUGACCCUCGAUGGGACAUAAUGUACUCUUUCGCAGACUAUCUUGGCAAGACAUUUCCACUCGUGCAUGCGACGUUGCAAUUGGAGAAGGUCAAUACGCAUGGCUUGCUGUAUACAUGGGCUGGCACGAAUUCAAGCUUGAAGCCUAAUUUGCUCAUGGCGCAUCAGGAUGUUGUGCCUGUUCCUGACUCUACAGUUAAGCAGUGGACAUAUCCGCCUUUCUCGGGCCAUUAUGACGGGAAAUUUGUUUGGGGUAGGGGUGCAAGCGAUUGCAAGAACCAGUUGAUGGCUAUUUUGAACAGCGUCGAGGCGUUGAUUUCUGCCGGGUUUACUCCUCAGCGAACGUUGAUCUUAUCCUUUGGAUUUGACGAAGAGAUCUCUGGUCGGGAAGGCGCGCAACAUCUUUCGGAAUACUUGCUAAAGAAGCUCGGGCACAAUUCUAUUGCCGCUAUUAUCGACGAGGGCGCCGUGAAUGUUGAGAGUUGGGGCGCAAACUUCGCAAUUCCUGGCGUUGCUGAAAAAGGUUACGUCGACGUCGAUAUUGUUGUGCGCAUGCCUGGCGGCCACAGCAGCAUCCCGCCAGCACACAACGGCAUCGGAGUCGCCAGCGAGCUCAUCACCUUGAUUGAGGAAAACCCUUACGAGCCCCAUCUCUUCGACGAAAACCCUUACCUAGGCCUCCUCCAAUGUGGAGCCGAACACGCUCCAGACUUCCCUCGCCACCUAGGAAAACUACUAGACAAACGAUCCAAACGAACUGCGACAUGUUCGAAGAAGCCGACAAAAGACGACCUCGCAUCAGAAGCAGCAAAAGCAGGCCCAGGCAUAAAAUACCUCUUCACAACCUCCGUAGCAGUCGACAUAAUCCACGGCGGUGUGAAAACCAACGCCUUGCCCGAACGAACACAAAUAACGGUAAACCACCGCAUCAAUGUCGGUUCAAGCUCCUCAGUUGUAAAGACACACAUUGCAGCCCUCGCAGCUCAAGUAGCGCAGAAAUACAACCUUACACUGCACGCGUUCAACGGCACAGAAACCCCAUCUAGCAUCACCCUCUCUCACGGUCCUACCAUGCUAGAGCCAGCACCUGUCACACCUACGUCCCUGGUCCCCUCUUGGUCUUCUUCCAACGGUACCGUAACGCCCUACCAAGUCCUCUCCGGAACUACCCGCGCCCUCUAUGGCAAAGAGCUCAUAGUAAGCCCUGGUAUCAUGACAGGUAACACGGAUACGAGGUACUACUGGGAUUUGAGCGAGAAUAUCUUUAGGUACGGCCCCGGGUGGGAUAAGGAGCAGGUUGGCUUGGGCAAUAUUCAUACAGUUGAUGAGAGGGUAGGCGUGCAGGCGCAUUUGGAUACUGUGAGGUGGAUGUGGAACUGGAUCAGGAAUAUGGAUGAGGCGGUUUUGUGA